GAGACGAGAGCGAAGCUUCGAAGAACGCGGGCAACAUCCGGGCACUUGGGGCCGUCGACCUGAGGCGUGCCUUCCGACCUUGCCUUUCAGGGCCUGAUAGCCAUGCUGAAGUGCGUGAUGAGCGGCAGUGAGGUGAAAGUAUUUGGGAAAGCAAUCCAAGCUUUAUCACGAAUUAGUGACGAGCUGUGGCUAGACCCUUCUGAAAAAGGUCUUGCUCUAAGAUCUGUGAAUUCUUGUCGGUCUGCAUAUGGAUGUAUCCUGUUCUCUUCUUUGUUUUUUCAACAUUAUCAAUGGUCAACCUCAGUGAAAAUGAAUGGUAAUGACACCAUAUUGAAUUUAAAUUGCAAAUUGGGAAUGAAGUCAAUUGGGCCCAUCUUUAAAUGUCUGAAUUCCCUUGAAAGAAAUGUAGAAAAGUGCAAAAUAUUCACCAAAUCUGAUAAGUGCAAAGUAGUUAUUCAAUUCUUCUGCAGACAUGAUUUGACAAAUUCUGUGUACAGCGAGAUGGUUGUUGGCCCGGAAGAGUUUGACUUCUUUCAAAUUGGAGUGGACACUGAAAUAACAUUUUGCUUCAAGGAAUUGAAAGGAAUGCUGACAUUUUCAGAAGCUACACAUGCUCCUAUAUCUAUUCAUUUUGAUUUUCCUGGGAAGCCGAUGGCUUUAAGUAUUGAUGAUAUGCUAGUGGAAGCUAACUUUAUUUUGGCUACAUUAGCUGAUGAGCCAAGUAGGGCAUCUUCGCCACAAUCCCUGUGCCUUCCACAGAAGCGAAAAUGGUCAGAUGGGAUGCAGUCAGAUUCAAAGGCUGAUGAAAAUGUAACCAGCCAGGCCCUGGAGUGUAUCUCGAGAAAAGCGGCACCCAAAAGGCUUUAUCCUGAUGAGACUUUCACAAACAACUCUACGUUGGGAAACUGUGGCAGCUCUAUAAUGGAGAGAGCAACUGGAGACAUCAGUGAAGUACCGGAAAGCAGUGUCAGUGACACAGAGGAAGUGCCAGGGUCUCCAUAUCUCAGGAAGUGUGAUGCAGAAAAGAAUUUAAUGGAAGUGAUGCCAAAUAUUUCUAUAUUUUCUGAUGUAGAACAGCAACCUCCACUGCCAAGAAAGCCUGGGUUUGGAAUGGAAUGAGGUGUAAGACAAAUGUCUCUGCUCUUUGGCCCUUUAAGAAUUAGCUUUUACCUGCACAAAUGGACUAAAAAUUCUGGCACAAAAACAUCAUUAUGUAAUAUCUUACUGUGUGUGUGCCUUUCCCUCCCCCAAACCUGUUUACAGUGAACUAUAACCUGACAAAAGAGACUUCUGUAAUAUCUCAUUGUUAAGUCUUGUGAAACCAUCAAACCCUAAGGAAGUGUUCACUGGCAAGCAAUUGUACUUUAGAUUUUGUGAGAAAUUCAUAAAGGUGGGUGACUGGAUUAGUAUGCUUUAGAAUGGAAUAGAAUUCUCACUGAAACCAGAAUGAAUUUGGCUCUUGUAGCUUAGUAAUGAGUCAUAGCUACCUACAAUAACCUAAUAAAAACUCAACUUCA